GUGGCCGGGCGCGGCGGGGCUGCUGGAGCUCCGGCAGGCAGACAGACUGGUAGCACCGGGCUGGGUGGCCGGCGCCCGCUCGUACACUCGCCAUGCCCUGUUACAUCUACCAGCUGCCCGCCUGGGUCCUGGACGACCUGUGCCGCAACAUGGACACACUCAGCGAGUGGGACUGGAUGCAGUUCGCCUCCUACGUGAUCACGGACCUGACAGAGCUGCGGAAGAUCAAGUCCAUGGAGCGUGUGCAGGGCGUGAGCAUCACCCGCGAGCUACUGUGGCGCUGGGGCAUGCGGCAGGCCACUGUGCGCCAGCUGCUGCACCUGCUGCGCCGCCUGGAGCUGCACCGCGCUGCGCAGAUCAUCCUUGACUGGAAGCCGGUUCCUGACAUCACGCCACCAUCCACGCCCCCCUCUCCGCUGGGCACUGAGACCCCGGGGUGGCUGCUGGCAGCCUCUGUGAGGACCACGAGGGACCAGGCACAGGCCCCCAGGCCAGCCGCACCCCAGGGCCCAGGCCCCAAGCUGGCUGCUCCCAGCCUCCUGCUACCUCCUGCAGCUGCUGCCCCGCCCUUAGACCCCCUUGCACCUGGCCUGAAGGGUGGCAGCAGGUGCCCCCCACAGCAGGAGGUGCCCUGGAGCGUGUCGGGAGACAGCCUGAGCUGGAGCGAGGCCUCCGUGGUCCUGGCCACUGACGACUUCCCCCAGGACGGCAGGCUGGGCGCUGGGGCCUUGGCGGACGUCUACCGCGGCCACCUGCAAGGGGUCCCGCUGGCCGUCAAGCGGCUGAGAGAGGUGGCUGGCUCCGGCCUGGGGUCCGGUGAGAAGUUCUUUCAGGCGGAGCUGCAGCUUUGCCGCAGGUGCUGCCACCCCAACGUGCUGCCGCUGCUGGGCUUCUGCACGGAGCCACGGCUCCAGGCCCUCAUCCACCCCUACAUGGCCAAUGGCUCCCUGCAGGACCGACUCCGGGCUCAGGACGGCUCUGUCCCGCUGCCCUGGCCCCAGCGUGUCCGUGCCUGCUUGGGGCUGCUCCGUGCCCUGUGCCACCUGCACAGCCUAGACCUCAUCCACGGCAACGUCAAGAGCUCCAAUGUUCUGCUGGACCAGGACUUCGCCCCCAAGCUGGCCCACCCCACUGCUCCCCUGUGCCCUGAGGACAGGCGCUCCCAAUACACCCUGACCAAGACCCAGCCGUUCCGGGCAUCCGCAGCCUACCUGCCCGAGGACUUCAUCCGCGUAGGCCGGCUGACCAAGCGCGUGGACGUCUUUGGCUGUGGAGUGGUGCUGGCUGAGGUCCUCACGGGCAUACCCGCAGUGGACACCACCCGAAGCCCCGAGUAUUUGAAGGACCUGGUGCUCAGCGAGAUCCCCGGCAGCUCCGGCUCCCUCUGCUCCAGCAAGGGCGAUGUGGAGAGAGCCACGGCCAAGGAGCUGAGCCGCAGGUUCCUGGACGGCAGGGCUGGGCGGCUGCCCGAGGACUGCGCUGAGGCCCUGGCCCUGGCUGCCUGCGUCUGCCUGCGGAGGCGACAAGCCAGCCUGGAGGAGGUGUGUGGCCCCUUGGCUUCUGUGGGAGAGCAGCUGCGGGCUCAGCAGACACCACUCCCCUGGAGCCGACUCUCCGAGGGCACAGGCUGCUCCUCCAACACCCCAGAGGAGACGGACGACGUGGACGGCUCCAGCUUCAGCACCACCUCCUCCAGGCAGGCCACCGCCUGGGUCAGGGCUGCAGCCUCUCCUUCCUGGAAGGAGGAUGGAGAAGGGAGACUGCAGGCAGCUGGGACAGUGGAGGCCGGCUCCUUGGAGGCUUGUGCCAGCCAGGAGCCACCCCGGGGAGGUCUGACCGGCAGAAGUGGCCACAUCCCCACCUCCAAGGCCUCUUACUUUUCUUCUCCUUCCCAUUGGGCGGGAACCACAGAGACUUCGUGGAAAAUCGAGAUCAAUGAGGCCAAGAGGAAGCUGAUGCAGGACAUCCUGCUGUAUGCAGGGGAGAAGCUGGACAGCACGGACCUCUUCGGCCCCCGAUGACCCGGGAACGCCAGGACGCGCCUUCUCGGUGGGAGAAGUCAGCUGGCAGGCCCAGGGGGCAGUGACACCCGGGGGCUGGGUAGAGGGCCUCCUGUGGUCUGAGGGGGCCUAUGACCACCCCAGCUCUCACCUCCAGGGGCAGGCAGAGCCUCUGGAGACUGGCGGUGCCCCCCCACAGUCAGGGCCUCAGACUGGGCCUGCCAGCACCUGCCACACCCACCACUCAGUGACCUGGAAGAUUUUCGGCUCCCAAGGGCACUCAGGGGGCUCUGUAGGUCUUCUGGUCCUCUCUGCGAACACUGACCCCCCCCCCUCCAGAUAUUUAUGAAGCGCCCGCCCACUCCACAAAUGCUGAUCCUUCACUAGGGCUUGAAUAUUAACAAACCAUGUUAUUUAUGGUCAGACUGAGAAUCGGGAGCACGGGCCCCAUGUCUGAUUCUGCUGCUACGCAAGUUGAUCCUUUGAUUGCUGGAGCUUCUGUCUCCUUGUCAGGGAGGUAGGUGACGCCUGUCUCUUGUCUUUCCCGGGCUGCCGGAGGGACAGGUGAGCAUAGACACACGGAGAAGUCACUCACCUUUGGGAGACAGACCAUGGAUGUGUGUUCCUGCCACAGACUGCAUGCGUGUAGGCGAACAUGCCAUGCUUUACAGAUAAUAUGUAUAAGAUAGUUCUGGAAAGUCACAUGGCCGGUCUUGGGUGUGUGUGUGUGUGUGUGUGUGUGUGUGUGUGUAUGUGUGUGUGUUUGUAACAAAUGGUAUUUAAAAUCCACCCCAUUAUUCUUUAAAUAAUCUGUACUAUGGUGAUUAUUUUUUCUUUUUGUAAAAUAAAUAAGAAGUGGUCAACUCA